CACCUCCCAUAUGUGCGCCAGAAAUCAAAACAACCAAUGCAAGCCGGCCCAAACGAAGCGUGUUUUUGUAAACGAAAAACUAGAAAAUAAUAAAAAUAGUUGCUCGCGUGUGCUGUACCAAUCCCAUUGCGAUGAUGGCCACUAAUGGAAUAACGGAAACUCGCACAUCUAUCAAUUGCGAAAAUAUUCCGGAACUGUUCUUGGACAAGCUGGUCGCGAAAUCGCACUUUAGCCGGUUUGGCAAAAUCAAGCGCUUCAUACUUCGGCCCAGCCGGCUUGCAUGUACGGUCGAGUAUGAGGAUUCGGAGUCAGCAUUGAAAGCGCUUGAACGGGGUGGCGAGUACAAGAACCACACGUUCAGCAUAACCUGGACAGACUUGAAACCUGCCACGUUUGGUGACAAUGGGAAGGUGGGUGGAUCGCCUAUCGAUCUGGAAGUUCAGAUGGAGCUGGAAGCAAUCGAUCAUACUCGGGGGUCACCUUCGCUAAAUUUGUUGGCAUACUGCAAAAGCGCAGAUCGUCCCGCAGUCGUCACUCCAAACAAUCGUCCAACCCUUCCUAAACCUGUACUACCUCCGGCAGUGCGUGCCGAGAUUGAUCCGAAAAUUAAACAAGCUCGCACUGAUCUCGAAUCGUUAGCCCGGAAGCCAGCGUAUUCGGCAGAAGAACGCUACAGAGUGCUCGAGGCAAAGGACCGCUACCUUCGCCUCACAACGGAACGUACGACCGACAUUCGAAAGGCGAAAAAUAUCGAAGGAACGUGUCCGGAUAUGUGUCCCGAAAAGGAGCGCUAUUUGCGGGAAUGGAAGUGUAUGGUGCCGUCGUACGAAAAGCAGCUCGGUGGAGGCAAUCAAAUCGAUCAUGUGAAAGCUAUCAAACAAUACUCGCGCAGUUCAGCCGAUCAGGAACUCCCAUUACCGCACGAAUUACGCUCGCAGCAUGCUCUUGGACGUACGAUGCACUUUUUGCUAACGAAUCUGGCCGAUCUGUGUGACGAUGAGGAAAGUGAGGGUGGUGGCAAUGUAAGCGAUUGGUUUCAUUACAUCUGGGAUCGGACGCGCGGCAUCCGGAAAGACAUCACGCAGCAAGAUCUUUGCUCACCGACCGUUGUGGAGCUGGUGGAGCAGUGUACACGCUUUCACAUACAUUGUGCGGCACGGCUAGUUUCCGAGGAUCCGUCGGUGUUUGAUCAGAAAAUCAACACCGAAAAUAUGACGAAAUGUCUGCAAACACUUAAGUACAUGUAUACGGAUCUUGCCCAACGGGGACAGCGCUGUCCAUCGGAAGCAGAGUUUCGGGCGUACAUGGUACUGCUGUAUCUGAACGAUGGUAACUUCCUGUGGGAGCUACGGCAACUUCCGGAGGCAAUCAUCCACUCAAGCGAGAUCCAAUUUGCGCUCUCCGUGUACUUCGCGCUGGAGGAGAACAAUUUCGUGCGAUUUUUUCAACUCGUACGAUCGACUACCUACAUGAACGCGUGCAUUCUGCUCCGGUACUUCACGCAAGUUCGUCAGAAAGCGCUGGAUAUCCUGCGGAAAGCGUACGCGGUACGCUCAAACGCAACCUUCUCGCUGGAAUACAUGACGAGCAUCCUGGGCUUCGAGGAUCAAGAGGAAGCGGAAGCGUUCUUCGAUCAUUACGGCAUUGUGGUCGAUGAAACGACCGACGUGGUGAUAUUUGAGCCAAGGCAGUUCUACAAACCAGAUCUUCCCUUUCGCACAUCCCGUGCAGUGCAGCUAGUAGAAAGCAAACGCACCGUAUCGAUCGGUGAGACCAUUUGUGGACGUCCACUAGAGCAGUGGGAAAAACAGCUUCCCGCGGUACAGCGUCCAACCGACAGCUUCGAUGCAAAUGGAUGCUUGAGAGAGCAGGUGCUACAGAAGGUGUUUACCGACCGGAAAGAGACAGAGGAGAAUGUAACUCCGUUGCCAAAAUCUUCCUUUAAAGACCCUCAACCUCUUCAUACAAUCGAGGAAGACAGGGUAGAUAGUUCCAUCUUCAACACACAACGCAAUGAAACCUUGUCGGACGAUAGAAUUUUCAAAGUGCCUUCACCUACAAUCGUAGUUCCGAGGGUUUCUCCUCGAGCUAGGACACCUCCAACAAAGCCUGUUCCAUCACCAUUUGCUGUGGAUCCUCCGCCCAACGUUUUUGGAACGAGCGAACCUCCUAAACCUUCUGCUGUAGACACAUCCAUCUUCAAACCAUCAACAGCUACUCCUGGUGCACUUCCUGCAUUUUCAUCUGCUGGAUUUGGGAAAAGUAUAUUCGGAAGCAUUAAUCCUCCAUCGACAACACCCAACGCCGCCACUGAUGGUGGUAAUCUGUUCAGCUCAUUGUCAUCUAGUUCAGCAUUAUCUGGAGGGAGCAUUUUUAGUCAACCGAAUGCCAGUAAUGCAACAGUCGCAAGUAAAAGCAACAUUUUCGAUCAACGCAACAACACCCCGGUACAAUUCGCAAAUCCACCUACAAUAGCCGGAAAGACGUUCUUCCAAGCGGCCAAAGAAACGUCAUCAUUGAAACCUCAAACAUCAUUGGCUGCAUCGUCGUUGUCGUUGUUCCAACCUACACUUGGAGGUUUCCCCCAACCAUCAUCAUUCGGUGGUGUUUCGUUACCCAGCUCAGUAAACUCUUUCGGACAAAGGACAAAUUUAUUUGAGAAAGCUUCCACAAUACUACCAGUGCCGCCCGUUACUUCAACGCCAUCGCUUGCCGGAGGCUUUUUUCAACAACCUCUUAAAGAAAGGAAGGGAAAUAUGGAAAAACCUUGCAUAGCGUUUCCUAUACAAAAAGAACCGGACCAAGCGGCUGAACUCGAAAAGCAAAAACAGGAUAAAUUAAAGCAAGAAGAGGAGAAAAGAAGGAAACAGCAGGAGCUUAAAGAAGCGCGUAAAAAAACAAUCGAAAAGGCAAGUUCCACCGAGCUGGAGAAGCUGCUUGAUGAAAUUAUUCGAGAAACGGUUCCUGAUAUCGCAGAUACAGCUCUCACGCGCCACAAACGCAUGCAACAAUAUCCACCCGAACUGUUCGACGAGCUUGCUAAUGAGAUACUAAAAAGCAUGCUGCCAACCAUCGCAAAGCAGGAAAAAGAACGCAUGGAACGUCUAAAAGCGGCCCGUGCUUGGAAGCUGAGUGUAAAAUAUUUUCACCGUUGGCACCGACACGCUCAGAGUGCGGCAAGAUGGCGUCGUUUAAUGCGAACCGUACCGCCAUCGUUUGUGAAUGGGAGUAUUGGGAUCGAUCAACUACCACGCUGUGAUCAGUUGAGGCCAUUUUUAAAUGCUCGUUUUACGAUGGGAACGAAACGAAGCGCGGACGAGGUGUUGCAGGAUCGUGCUGUCCAGCGUGAAGUCUUCCUGUUUGACGCUUUUCCCGAGCGACAGCUUAUCGAUCCGUUUGUACAGCUAGAAGGUAUGAUUCAUCAGUUGCAGACACUAGCUCCGACGAGGUUAAUACGGCUUCCGGGACCAAUUUGCUGGAAGCUGGUAAUAUCGGUACCCUCCGAAGGUGAGGAAGGAUCGGCCGGAUUUCCUAGCUUCGUGCAACGUUGGUUGAAGUGUUGUGCGUUCCGAAAGGACGAUAGAAAAACGAAUCAUCCUUACUUCUAUUUAGCGAUAAAGCCACCACCUACUAAACAGCAGAUAAAGCUAAACGUAAACCGUUCGUCCGAUGCUAGCAAGGAACAGCGAGCGAUCUGUAUGCGAUUACUGAAAGGACAAUCGUUAGAAAGUGAAAAGCACACAGAAAGCUCCCAGGCAUGCAAGCUGACUGAUGGGCUUUUAUUUUUCCUGAGCGAUCGUUGUCAAGUCGCGGAGGCCCGGAAACGGUUAAACAACAUCCUUGCUAAGUGUGGAAGUGCGGAGCCACCAAGUGUUGCAGUUAUUCUCUACAGUCCAAACAGUGCUGCCGGAGCUGAUGGAAGUGUCAUCUCCGUGGAUGACAUCGCACAAAAACUUGGGCUAGUUGUUGGUGUGGUGAAACGGUGGCGUGUAUUUGUUUGGUAUAAGGUAACGGAAAACGACACCCUGCGAGAGGCAAUCACGUACCUUACGAGCUGCUAUCGAGCGCAUCUUCAGUUCGAAUCGCCACGCCACCUGGAGCGGUUAGAAAUGCGUCCGCUGACGGACUUCCUGGAAUGCUGCGUUGGUUCGGAGAUGUGGUUCCGGUUGGAUAAAGCUUGCCGUAAACCGGACGGUUACACCUUAGCCGGACAGAAUGGGAAUGCAAUCGUAGAGCUGUACAAUUCAAUCCUCACCAAGGUCCAAUCGAUGGUGGAUCAAGAUUUGAAGCAAUUCGUUCAACUUCCAGAAGAGUUCGGCAAACUACGUGAUGGUACCGUCGUGACGAAAACGGGCCAUUUUCUACCACUACCAGAAGCGUAUUUCCCACCAGAUUGGAACAGUUCUGAGCGCAGAAAGCAAAUAGUACAGCUGCUUAAGGCUCUCGAGCUUCGUCCACUACCAAACACUCUACAGAGUGCGAUCGAUGAUGUCGCCCAACAAGCAACUACUAAAGGUGUCGCAUCGGAUGUCAAGCGACUAAGAACGGAACUGAACAGCUACUUAUCGAGCUAUCGGGUGCUUUCAGUGGAAAAUUCUGUCGACCUUAGCACACUUACUCAACGAGUUGUUCAAGGAAUAGUUUCACAGCUGGCAGGAUAUGUGUACGAUAUGGAAACACGACACACGGGACAGUCGGAAGAGAAUGUUCGCCACUGCUAUUGGGUGCCAAUAUUAGCAUUGGUUUCUGAUACAAUUCUCCGUACCGUUUUAUCGAGAAGCUCACCACCGCUGGAAAUAUGUUAUCGAAGGAAUGAGUUGUUACAGCACACCGAAACGGAUUGGUGGAAGGACCAAUUACUACAGAUACAGGAACAAGCACAAAAAGCUAUCGAAGAAUCGCAAGCCAACGCCAGCUUUUCGAAUCAAUCCGGUCGAUCGAGCAUCACAGCGAUCAUCUCGGAUCGUAAGCGUACGCAUAAGGAACUCACGCAGCACAAUGAAAGCUGCGUUAGUAUAAGUGACAGCUUCACUAGCUACAGUGGCAGUAGCAGCUUUAGUGAUAGUAUCCCCAGCGAUAGCGGGAAGAAACGGACCAAGCUAGUAAACGGGUUAUCGUACAGUCAGGACGUUGUGGAUGAUGUUAUUGCACAGGGUAUGAGAGCGUUGGUUAGAGCGGAAAAGAUGCUUAGCCAACGGCAAACGGCUGCAACAGAACUGCAUCAUGUUUUUAAUCCACUCGAGCAAACUAUACUGGAUGUGGAGAAAUCGUGUAGGACUCUGCAAUAUCAGUACGGAAAAGGUUUGCCGAAAUGA